AUGACACGCCUCCGGGCACGGAAGGAAAGGGCUCGUGUGGCGGUUGCUUAUAAUCGACGGCUUCUCCGGUCACGGCUCCUUCGCCUUCAGAGAAUAUUGUAUAAAAUUCAAUAUCCUCGUUGCUUUCCUUCUUCCUCAUUCAACGCAUAUGCUUCAACCGAUGGACCUAGGAGUUUUUCAAUGGUUAAAAAUGCACACCAAAAAAGGCUGCGAGAAGCUUUGCGCAAGGGAAAUCUGACGUUCAACUGCCGUGACUUUGCAGGCUCCUUCACAGAGAUCUUUGAAGAAGGCUUCACAGCUGCCCAUAUUAUCGCAGGCUUCGAAAAGUCAGGCAUUUUCCCGCCGACUGAGGCGCCGGCGGUUAGUUAUCUGCUGAAGAAGAAGCUGAAGACUCGUAAGGCUAUCGAUCCGGCGUUAUCUUCACUUUUACCGGCGGAAAAUCGAUUCCCUAUGACCUCUGAUACAGCAAGAGAUGUCAGCAACCGCUAUCACGAUAUUCUAAGCUCCCCAGCACAACGGGGACUUAAAGCUGUACAGAAGAUCGUUAAUGAAGCUAUUGUGCUUGAAGAUGUCGUGAAAAAACAUGUUACCAAUCGUCAAGAGCGUAUUGAGAAGAGAUAUCAUUAG